AUUACGUGUCUGUGCGCAUGUGCGAAGGUGUCCAGACUGACAAUGCUGGAGAGAUAGCGCCUUUGGAAUGAGAAACUCAGAGAAAAGGGGACAGAGAAAUAUCAAAAAAGGAGGAACAGAAAAAAAAGACUGAAGAAAAAAUCCAAACAAACCCACGCAGGGAGACUGGCAGCAUGAGGUCCAAAGGCAGGGCGCGGGAAACUGGCCACGAGCGAUGGUGAUGAUGACUUUGCCCUGUAUCCAGCCAACAUCUUAGAUGAUGUAUGCAGCUCUAAUGGUGAUCCCACACUUUCUUCAGCCAUGGCAGACGACCCUUUAUCUGACGAUGAGCUGUCAUCUCACACAAUCCAGCAACCAAGCAUCUUUUUACCACAAAACGACUUGUCCAUUCCUCUGGACUUUGAACUGAGAGAGUCAGCAGCUCCAGGUGGUGCUCUUGGCAUUUGGAGCCACAGGAAGGUGAAUGUUGGGGAAUGCUUUGGCCCUUAUGAAGGAGAACACAGACCUUACCUCCAAGAUCCCAAUCAAGGCUGGGAGAUCUUGGAUGGGUCAGGCCAUGUAAAGUUCUGCGUGGACGCCAGCAAACCAGACACAGGGAGCUGGCUGAAGCAUGUCCAGUUUGCCACUGGGGCCACGCAGCACAACCUAACAGCGUGCCAGAUCGAUGAUCAGAUUUUCUACAAAGUCACCAGAGAGAUUUUUCCCGGCGAGGAGCUCCUGCUUUUCAUGAAGGCUGAAGAUUUUUCAUGUGACACCAUGGCUCCUGAUAUUCACGAGGAAAGGCAGUACCGAUGUGAAGACUGUGACCAGAACUUUGAGUCCCGCACCCAGCUGCUGGACCACCAGAAGCAGCCAUGCGGGAUGCCCCCCUCUUCUUUUCUUAACCCAGGGGGAGAUAGUGACCUGAAAGCCCAAGAACCUCAAGACCUGCAGCCCCUUCACAUGUCUCACGGCCUGCAUGAGUGUAAGGAGUGUGAUCAGGUCUUCCCUGAUGUCCAGAGCCUGGAGGCUCACACCCUGUCACACUCCGAGGAGAGGGAAUACAAGUGUGAUCAGUGUCCCAAGGCCUUCAACUGGAAAUCAAACCUAAUCCGACAUCAGAUGUCACAUGAUAGCGGCAAACACUAUGAAUGUGAAAACUGCUCAAAGCAGGUGUUCACAGACCCCAGUAACCUACAGAGGCACAUUCGCUCGCAGCACGUCGGGGCUCGUGCUCACGCCUGCUCCGACUGCGGCAAGACGUUUGCAACGUCAUCGGGCCUCAAGCAGCAUAAGCACAUCCACAGCAGUGUCAAGCCCUUCAUGUGUAAGUCACUAAGACCCUACCUAUGUGAGGUAUGCCACAAGUCCUACACCCAGUUCUCUAACCUUUGCCGGCACAAGCGCAUGCACGCUGACUGCCGCACACAGAUCAAGUGCAAGGACUGCGGGCAAAUGUUCAGCACCACUUCAUCCCUCAACAAGCAUCGGCGCUUCUGUGAGGGAAAGAAUCACUUCACAGCAGGGGGACUGUUUGCCCAGGGCAUGCCACUACCUGGCACCCCUGGCUUGGACAAAACAGCCCUUGCAAUUGGCCACAGCAGUGCUGGACUGGCUGAUUACUUUGGGGCUAGCCGCCACCAUAGUGGCCUAACCUUCCCUGCAGCUCCAGCAUUUCCUUUCAGCUUUCCUGGCUUGUUUCCUUCUGGACUCUAUCAUCGCCCACCACUCAUUCCCGCCACCACAUCUCCUGUCCGACAGCCAGUUCAGGCACCUGUUGCGGGGCCUGGUGCAGACCUGAGUAAAAGCCCCUUGCUUCCUUCAAGCCCAGGUGCUCUGGAGUCGCAGGAGUUGCUGAAGGCCCUCCGAAAAGAUGGCAGUUCACCUGGAAGUCAGAUACCAAACUCAGAGCUCCUUAAUCAGGGUUUAUCUUCAACUACAAAGCAGAACAAGCAGAGUGACCAUUCUGAAAGCAGCGACCUGGAUGACGUCAGCACACCAAGUGGAAGUGAUCUAGAGAGCACGACGGGCUCCGAGCUUGAGAGUGAUAUGGACAGUGAAAGGGAGAGGGGAGCUGCUAGAGAAAACGGCAAAGGUCCCAAGAGAAAGUCUCGCGAGGGAGUCUCUCAAAGCCCGGGCUUUAGCAAAAGUGCUAGCAAAGACUUUCCAGGACCUUCAUUUAUUCAGUCUUCACUGGACGAACACACAGCUGUAACAGGAGCUGUCAAUGACUCUAUUAAGGCCAUCGCCUCUAUUGCGGAGAAGUACUUUGGCUCAACUGGGCUUGCUGGCUUACAAGAAAAGAAGGUCGGAUCUCUGCCCUACCCUUCAAUGUUCUCACUGCCUUUCUUCCCAGCAUUCUCUCCACCAGUUUACCCUUUCCCAGAAAGGGAUCUCAGACCAACAGACCUGAAGGGUGAGCCACAAUCACCAGAAGAUGGCAAAAAGGCACAGACCAAGUCAUCAUCUGAGUCACCGUUUGACCUGACAACAAAGAGAAAAGAGGAAAAGUUAGCCCGCUUUGCUUCCUCCAAACUAGAGGCCUCUCACCCUACUGGUCAAGAUCAACCACUAGAUUUGAGUCUUGGGUCUAGGGGUCGUGGACGUACUCCAAAGCAGGAGGAGGCUAAAAAGAACCCAAGCUAUGAUGAUGAGAAGAAGAGAGUGGUGGAAAUUCCAAAAGCUGAUUCCUCCUUACAGCACGCCAGACCCACCCCCUUUUUCAUGGACCCCAUCUACAGCAGGGUUGAGAAGAGGAGAAUGAGCGAUCCGUUUGAGGCUCUGAAAGACAAAUACAUGCGACCAGCUCCAGGCUUCCUUUUCCAUCCACAGUUUCGUUUGCCAGAUCAGAGAACUUGGAUGACAGCGAUCGAGAACAUGGCAGAGAAGUUGGAGACGUUCAGCUCAUUAAAGCCGGAGUCCAGUGAACUGCUGCGAUCCGUUCCCUCCAUGUUUGACUUCAGAGCCCCACCGUCGACGCUUCCAGAGACACUGCUGCGCAAAGGCAAAGAGCGCUACACAUGCAGAUACUGUGGAAAAAUCUUCCCUCGUUCUGCCAACCUGACUCGUCACCUCAGAACUCAUACUGGAGAACAACCAUACAGGUGUAAAUACUGCGACCGCUCCUUCAGUAUCUCGUCCAACCUGCAACGGCACAUUCGUAACAUCCACAACAAGGAGAAGCCCUUCAAGUGCCACCUGUGCGACCGCUGCUUCGGUCAGCAGACCAACCUCGACCGUCACCUUAAAAAGCACGAGAACGGCAAUCUGUCAGGAACUGCGAUGUCAUCGCCACAGUCUGAGCUGGACAGCGGCAGCGCCAUAUUGGACGACAAAGAGGACUCCUACUUUAACGAAAUAAGAAACUUCAUCAGCAACGCAGGACAGAACCACACCUCACCGGGUCAUUCUGAGGAACGGCUGAACGGAGGUCCAUUAGAAGAUGGGAAACCACUGAUGGCCAGCCACGGGUUGCAGGACCUGGAAGAUGAAGAAGUGGAAGACCUAGAAGCAGACGAUGAAGAAGCAGAGGAGCCUAGUUCUGAGAAAAGAGAAAGCAAUUUGCAUCCUAGCAGCCUGAGUGAUGACAUCAUCCAGGACGAAAUGGACUUCAGUGAGCUGAGCGACUUAAAUCUCAGCUGUAAAACAUCUCCAAGGAGGUAUAAGGAUGAAGAGGAGGAGCAGAACAGCUACUCGGCCUUGGAUCGUAUCCAUCGGUUUGCUGACCUGCGCAAGCUGGAGGAGAGUGAGCUGAGUGAUGGAGACGAAGAUGAUGGAGCAUUUGGUUCUCCUUCACUUGAAGCUGUCAAACAGCCACUCUUUAGGAAAUCCAAGUCUCAAGCGUAUGCCAUGAUGCUGUCUCUGGCUGAAAAGGACUCUCUUCACUCAGCCACACACACUCCAGCGACCAUGUGGCACAGUCUGGCCCGGGCAGCUGCAGAAUCCAGCGCAAUCCAGUCCUUCAGCCAUGUAUGAUGAUGACACCCCAUUGCAUCAACUACUUCACCUCCAACCCCUGACCUUCAUGUGGCACCAGGAAUUCAUCAUGGAAGAGGAGGGGCGCUAUCAGCAAGGGGCCUCCGAUUGUCCACAGAGUGACUGCUUAGCAGAACCAUGGCCCAUCGGACUGCCUUAAACACACAGCAGGGUCACUGCACACACAGAACCCGGCCUCCUUAAAAAAAAAACUCCAGCGGAUACAGAAAUUCGAAAAUGCAAAAGUAAUAAUAAUACAUGUAUUUAUUAAUCUUCCAAAUUUCUAUGUUUUGCACAUCAAGGGCAGCUGAUAGAGAAGGAGGGCCGAUUCAAACAUCCCAGACAUGCGAGGAGAGCUUUCCAGUCUGACAGCUCGUUUCAGCCUAGCAGGGAGUCGGUCCACGUGAAAGCAUAAGAACCAGAACAAGAAUCCCCAAAAUCCUCGGAUGUUCCUUAGAAAUAAAUGUACUUGGUGAUCAGAACAAAAGGCUGCGUGAGUAACCCGCUCCACUCAUCAGAGAACUGAUGAAAAACGAUUCGGCUGAAGUCAAGCCAGUUUCUCAUAUUCUGUGUGUGUCUAAACAAUCAUAACACUGUACACUAGAUUCAAACCGCUCUCCAUCCCGCCCACCUGUGGCGUCUGUGAAAGGAUAUAAAUAAAUCAUCUUUUUCUAGUGAAAGAAGAAAAAAAUCUGUUUUUGUUAUUUACUGAGAUAAGUCACUAGUGCUGAAGUUUAUUGCUGUUCUGUAAAGGGCAUAUGUCUUUUUUCCCCCAUAAAAAUAAAUCCUUGAAUCCAUCCUAGUCCAACAACAAUACCACUAAAAUAGCCUGAAUGCUAGUCGUUAGCUACUCCAUGCCUCGUGUCUUUCGGUUUUAGACAAUCAUUUGUUUUCUUUUUCUUAUUUGGUUGGUGUUGUUGUUGUUAUUUGCUGUUGUAUUUUGAUAAUUGUAUUUAUUUCAUGGCAAACUGUAGUUUGUUUACUGAAUAGCACUGCUCUUAGCCCUGGUGAAGGUGGACUUUCCUGACCGGGCCGAUGUCCCAGAGAUCAAUGGGGUUUGUAGAUUACAUUUUGAGUGCCGGAUAGUAUUAAACAUUCAAUUCACUCUUUAUUCUACUAAUGAAACUGGUCAAUGGUUAGAUAUUAGGGAUUUUUUUCUAUGACAAUUUAAUGAUUCACUUGUAAAAAUCUAAAAAAAAAAUCAAACGCGUUUUAAAGAAUGAAUAAUAAAAAAGAGGUGUGGUUUAUCAUAAGCGCAUGAUUGGUCUGCUAAGAUCUGUAUCUGACUUUUUUUUUAUUUUUUACAAUUGUCUGCAAGCUUGUGAGAUGUUCGGUUCAUGUUAAUCCCUUGUGCCAAACCGAUGAUAAAUAACAGAAUCCUUUCAGUCAUUCUCCCAUUUUGAGGGACCAGAUUUCCUGUUUGUCUUUGUUUUGUUUAUAAUCGAUUUUAAAAAGUAAUCAGCAAGUUGAGGUACUUUGUUUUAAUGCUUUCUACAAUGUAACUGUUAUGCAUUUCAAUUCAAUACUGUGGGAGGAACAACUAAGAGAAAUAAAAGACUACAAUGUGGAUUGA